AUGGCAACUUCAGUAACAUCCACCCAUUUCUCCCAGGAAUUGCUUCAAAGCUUCCAUCCAAGAAAAUUUCUCUUACACUCCUCUCUUUACCCAGCAAUUUCACCAGCUGAAGGGCACAGUUAUUCCAUCAAUGAAACCUUGCAUACAAAUGCAGCCAUUGUUCUCCUAGCUCUCGUUUGCACCAUCAUUUCCGCUUCUGGCUUGUUUCGUAUCAUCAAGUGUGCAAAUAGAGGCUCAUCUUCUGUUUCUGCUGCUGAACCCAAGUUAGACAAUGCUGGAGUUGAGCAGGAAGCCUUAAAAUCCUUUCCGAUCGUAAAAUACACAACCGAGUCGAAACUGCCGGGCCUGGACACGGCCGCUUGUGUUAUAUGCUUGUCAGAGUUCACCGCCGGGGAGCGACUCCGUAUUUUGGCAGAGUGCAACCACGGAUUUCAUACUAGUUGUAUAGAUACAUGGCUUGGUUCACAUUCUUCAUGCCCUACAUGCAGGCACAGCCUGACUGAAACAAACAAGAUUAAUAUGGAAAGCAUGCAGCCAAUGGAACAGUGA